AUGAAGAAUGCAGAGAAUACAAAUCAUGAGUCUUGCGAAGAAGAAGUCAAGCCUUUGCCUAGCCUUCCCGAACCUAUCCUUGUUGAAAUACUCUCAAAACUGCCCGUGAAGUCUCUGCUGCGAUUCAAGUGCGUGUCAAAGUCAUGGCGCUCUUUGAUCUCGGACUCCCCCUUCAUGAAAAAGCACCUCAAUCAAUCACUCGCACUCACGAAGUCCAGCUUCGAAACACAACGCUUGCUCAUAGCCACUAUACGCCCUCCAUACCGUCUCUACACGGCAAGCUUCAGAUCAUCCAUGUUUGAAAUUGACGUAGAAAAGAUUAAAUUUUUAUUUCCGAACAAUCCUGUACAUCCUCGGUGUAGCGUCGUUGGUUCUGGCAAUGGGUUGAUAUGCAUGGAGGUAGAUUUUCUUUCUAAACCGAUUGAAGAUUUUUGGUUCAUAUAUAUAUUCAAUCCUUCCACGAGGGAGUUCAUGCAAAUACCAGAUCGUGAAUUUCCUCGUAACUUUGGAUUUGGCUAUGACCAUUGUUCGGAUGAUUGCAAGUUGGUGAAAAUAACCGACAAUAGCGUUUAUGUAUAUUCAGUGAGUGUUGGUUCUUGGAGAAAAGUUCAAGACUUUCCUGAGUACAAUGAUGGUCUUAUAGCUAGUGAGCCUAUGGUGGAGCUGAAUGGAGUCAUUCAUUGGAUUAGUUUGCUUCCGAAAUUCGAGAUUGUUGCUUUCAGUUUGGCGGAUGAGAAACUGUGGAUGAUUGCCAUGCCCCCUUGCUACACCGAAUUUGAGGCAUUCCGAUUCACGGUGUUUCAAGGAUGCCUUUGUGUAAUGCCACAAGGGGAUCAUGCAUAUUGGAUUAUGAAGGAAUAUGGGGUGGAGGAGUCUUGGACUAGAAUUGCUGGUGAUGAAGUCCCAAAGUCAGAUGUGUUCGCGCAAUUGGCGGUCUUGAAUUAUGGUGAAACUAUGCUGUUGGUAGACGGCAAUAAGUCGGCUUUAUACAACACAAGAGAGGACGCAUGUUCGGAAAAUAUUGUCAUCGAAGGAGAAGAGGAUUUGAAGCUAACAAUCUAUGUAGAUAGUUUCACAUCACCUGUGAUAGAGCACAAAUGA